AUGGAUAAUGUUGAAUUUAGAAAUGCCGUGGUUGGGACAGACCUGGAAAACUUCUUCUUGGAAGGGGAUGACGUGGCCUUCUCUCGAGGGGACAAGGGAUUCUUCGCCAUUUCAAAAUCUGGUUCCAUGGAUAGGGUCUUCCAAACCGGGAUGCCGGAGGGUACUUACUGCAACGUGAUUGACGGAUGCGAGACGGAGGUGACAGUGGAAAGUGAUGGGACGGCCCGCAUCCAGAUCACCAACCCCGAGGAACCAAUCCUGGCCAUUUGUCAAGGGUGCACCGGAGACGGAUUUCCUAGGAUGCAAUGAAACCAAUUGCAAAUGCCCGAAUCAACUCUCCAUGAAUGUGUCAGCAAAUAAAAUGACACCCCAGAAAUAUAUCUGCUAGAAAAAAAAUUAUUAGACGUUUCAAUCUCGAAGAAAAAGAACUUGAGCCAAAUUAAUCGGUAAAGGACAUUUUGGGAUGUGGAAAAAAAAAACAAUAUAUCGCAAGAGUUCUGAGAAAAUAAACCUGGCACAUUCAUUCCAGGCAAGAAAUGGCAUUGAGCAAUGCUCUCCCGGGAUCUGUUUACCUCUACCUCAACCGCAAACGAAGCAAGGGUACAUGUCCGGGUUGAGAUCUGCCAUUCCACCAGCCACUGUACCGCUGGGGGUCACCUAUUUCCCCUCCACUGAAUGAGAGCCAUGAAAUGCAUAAUGUAAAAAUAAAUGGAUGCAAUCCUUUUUUCGUCGUUUUUGCCAACAUGAAUAUGAAUAAACUUAGGAAAUUUAACGAAGUCCCUG